GGUAUUCAAGAAGUCCAGUCCAAAUUGCAAGCUUACAGUAUAUUUGGGGAAAAGAGAUUUUGUGGACCAUCUAGAUCAUGUGGACCCUGUUGAUGGCGUGAUUCUGGUCGAACCUGAAUAUCUCAAAGAUAGAAAAGUAUUUGUGACCUUAACCUGUGCUUUCCGGUAUGGCCGUGAGGACCUUGACGUUCUAGGGCUCUCCUUCCGAAAAGAUCUUUACAUCUACACUUUUCAGGCCUAUCCUCUCAUUCCAGGGGAAUCCAAACCCAACAGUCGUCUGCAGGAGAGGCUUUUGAAGAAACUAGGACAGAAUGCCUAUCCUUUCCAUUUCAGUAUACCGCAAAACUUGCCAUGCUCUGUUACUCUGCAGCCUGGGCCUGAGGACACAGGAAAGGCCUGUGGUGUGGAUUUUGAG